AUGGUUCUCAUAUGGACCGGUCUCGCUGGCGGUGACAAUGAAUACUGCGCUAUCCUUGUUGCGGUCAAUUCACUGCUUCAGGUGGUCUUCGCUCCCUUGGCAAUUCUCUUCAUCAAGAUCAUUGGCCACUCGGGCGGUCAAGUUACACUCUCAUAUUCUACCGCCGCCAAAAGUGUGGUGGUGUUUCUUGGAAUUCCUUUAGGUGCCGCAAUAAUUACCCGCAUUGUACUUCAAAAGAUAGCUAGCCCACGUUGGUACGACCAGGUUUUUCUGAAGCGGGCUGGCCCGUGGUCCCUCCUUGAGCUUCUUUUUACGAUCCUUAUGGUGUUCGCAUCUCGGGGCCGCCAGGUAGUUCAUCAGAUUGUAUCAGUCGUUCGAGUUGCCACUUCGCUAAUCGUUUAUUUUAUCGUCGUCUUCUUCUUCACUCUUCUUGUGACCUACAAGCUCGGGUUUGGUUACAAGUUGGCUGCUACUCAAAGUUUCACUGCUGCCAGCAAUAAUUUCGAGCUUGCUAUUGCUGUCGCUGUCGCAACAUUUGGUGCCAACAGCAAUUAG